UUCAUUUCCUUUUCAUUCUCCACUUCCAAAAACAAAUCAACAACCUUUCAGAUAUCCAUUGAAAUUUUUAUUCCACAAGAACAUUCAUACUCUCUAGGUUAGGUUAUUCCACGAGGAGAAACUUAGCUGUGCAAUUCGCUUCUACACAAUGCUUUCACUAGUGAUAUUUGCUGAGUUACUUAGCGAGUACACCACUGCUCUCGCCAAAAUCGCCGCCGGUAUUGUUAUUCCUCGGCGUUCUGAUGAUGAGCAUAGAGAUAUUCGCAUAGGCUGUCUCUCCUUUCCUCUUCCUUCCUCGUCACCUGUUCCAGACUUCUCCACACAUCUCGUUGACUUUUGAGUUUUAAUUCGUUCAAGAUUGCAGCAGUCACGUUUUAGAGACUUUUUUUCGUGUCACAACUCUGUUAUUCUUCUAUCUUGCAUAACUUGUAAUCUCUAAUCUCUUCAUGAGCAAAAAAAAAAAAAGAGUUUCUUCUGUGCAUAGUAGU